AUGAACAGCCUAUGGAAGAGGGUGAUCCCAUUGAAGAUUCAGAUUUCAGGUAAUGAGGAUGGAGAAGCUUCAAGCGAUGAUGGUGAAGGCAUUGUUCGCACUAGGGGGCUUUUGCUUAAUGAGACAGAGGAUGCUCAGCUACAAGGGCUGCUGCCUCUCAGUGAUGGUUUCAUCGGGUUUGCUUUUGUUCACCGCCUCACAAGGACUGACAUUCGCUUGGGCAUGAUGAAAAUACCCAAGAAAGUUGCUGCUGCCACGCCGUUUGAAGAACAGGGGGUUGUUGGUAUUUCUGUGGAUGGUCGGAGAUUCAAAAAAAUCUCAUACAAAACUGCUGAUGAUGGCCGCAUUGUGUUUGGCAGGAAGAAGUGGAAAGACUUCGCAGCUAGCAGAGGACUCAAAGUCAACACAGCUGUUCUUAUUGGCUUCAAGAGCAGCGAGAGGGAUGAUGUCCAUGUCCUGGUUAUCUUGAAGAAGCUUGGCUAGGCACCAGCCACAGCAACUAAUGACAAGCAGAGCUGCGUCUAUAAUACUC